AUGGCAAACGUAAUUCAACCUAGUAACCAUGUUGGCUUUGACUCCAUCACACACCAAAUUGAACGACGCCUGCUUAAGCGCGGGUUCCAAUUCAACAUUAUGGUUGUAGGCCAAUCUGGUCUUGGAAAAACUACUCUCGUCAAUACCCUCUUUGCAUCUCAUUUGGCUGACUCAUGUGGCCGUAUCGAUCCAUCUGAGGACUUUUCACGCACUCCUGAUAUUAAAGUUGUGUCUCACGUUGUUGAAGAAAGUGGUGUUCGCCUCCGUUUAAAUAUUAUUGAUACACCUGGAUAUGGUGACCAGGUUAAUAACGAAAAAUGCUGGGACCCCAUUGUCAAAUAUAUUAAAGAUCAGCACUCUCAAUAUCUUCGUAAGGAACUGACGGCACAGCGUGACCGAUAUUUACCAGAUACUAGAGUUCACUGCGUUUUGUAUUUCAUCCAGCCCACUGGCCAUGGCCUAAAACCCAUUGACAUUGUUGUUUUGAAGAAGCUUACUGAAACAGCUAAUGUUGUACCUGUUAUUGCCAAAUCAGAUUCAUUGACACUUGUUGAGCGCGAGCGAUUUAAACGUCAGCUUCAGGAAGAGUUUGCUUAUCACAAGUUGCGUCUGUAUCCUAACGAUUCUUAUGAAGAAUAUGAUGAAGAUGACCGACGUUUGAAUCAACAAAUUAAACAGAUGUUACCAUUUGCAAUUGUUGGCUCAGAAAAAUUGGUGACAGUUAAUGGCAAGGAAGUUCGUGGUCGUGUGCACCGUUGGGGUGUGAUUAAUGUUGAAGAUGAAAAGCAUUGUGAAUUCCCCCAUUUGCGCAACUUUUUGAUUUCUACUAGACUUCAGGACCUGAUAGAGACUACAGCACAUAUUCAUUAUGAGUCGUUCCGUGCUAAGCAAUUGCUUGCUCUUAAGGGUAACUCAGCUGCAGCUACAUCUUCUCAAGCUCAGCAUUCAUCUAAUCAGGCGGGAUCUACUACUCAACAACAACAACAACAGCAGCAGCAGCAACAGCAACAACAGCAUGGAGUCCAGCCACAACAACAGGCAGCAGCAGCUGCUAUGGUUGGAGCGUCUUCGAGUGUAACGCCUUCUCGUUCUGGAUCCACACAGCCUUAUUCUAAUGGGAAAUAA